UAUGUAUUGUAUGUGUUACAGAACAAUAUGUUUUCAACUAUACUGUUCCAUGGUCAUAUUAGUUGAAAUUAACUUUGCUGCAUGCCCAGGAGUGUCAAGUGAAGAAGCCGGAAAAGCGUCUGGAUGUCAAGGAUGCCCAAAUCAGAAAAUCUGCGCUUCGGGGAAGUUACAAGGACCAGAUCCUGAUAUUGAACUCAUUACAAAGCAUCUUAGUGCUGUCAAACACAUUAUAUUAGUUAUGUCUGGAAAAGGUGGUGUUGGAAAAAGUACUACUGCAGCAAUACUUGCAUCUUUAUUAGCUGAAGACGAAACAAAAAAUGUUGGGAUUCUUGAUAUUGAUAUCUGUGGUCCAUCUAUGCCAACUAUUGUAGGUGUGGAAGGUGAACAGGUACAUCAAAGUGGAUCUGGUUGGUCACCUGUGUUUGUUGAAGAAAAUUUAAGUGUUAUGUCUGUUGGCUUUUUGCUCGAGAGUCCAGAUGAGGCUGUAAUUUGGAGAGGUCCAAAAAAGAAUGGUUUAAUUAAACAAUUUUUACGUGACGUGGAUUGGGGAGAAUUAGAUUAUAUGGUAGUUGAUACACCACCGGGGACAUCAGAUGAACAUUUAUCUAUUGUCCAAUACCUUAAAAAUUGUAAUGUUGCUGGAGUUGUACUAGUAACUACACCACAAGAAGUUUCUCUUCUUGAUGUUAGGAAACAGAUCACAUUUUGUCAGAAAGUUAAACUUCCAAUUCUUGGAGUCAUUGAAAAUAUGAGUGGAUUUAUUUGUCCAAAAUGUAAAGUUGAAUCACAGAUAUUUCCACCGACGACAGGUGGUGCCGAGAAAAUGGCCGAGGAAAUGAAAGUUUUAUUUUUAGGAAAAAUAAAAUUGGAUCCAAUAAUAGGUAAGAGCUGCGAUAAAGGUAAAUUAUUAACUAGAGAAUUUCCAGAUUCUCUUGUAAGCCAUGCUUAUAGAGAUAUUUCAAAAAAAAUUCUCCAACAAAUUGAAGCUGAUCAAAAUAUGGAUACCACAUGAUUGAAGUCACUUUAGUUUAAAAUUCUUAUUUAAACUAAGAGCACAAAAUGUUAAAUCUGUGAUGGUAAAAUUAUCUCAGAUUGAAACUUUUUACAAAAUACAAUAAAGUACUCAAAUCGAAAUACUUUUAAUUAAAAUUUUGUAAAAGUUAAAGAAAAUAAAGGCGUUAUUAUUGUUAUUUUCUAUAUAUUUAUCAAAAGAUCAUGCUAUCUGGAUCAAUUUAUCCUGAAAUAAGGUCACUGAAAAUAAAGCUAAGUGAACUUGUUUUGGAUUAAAAGGAAUGGAAAAUAUAAAGAGCAAAAGUUCAUGUUGCAAUCAUACCAGAGCCAGUCUCUAAAAUAUUUGUGUAUUUGAUUUCUGUAAAGACUUCUGCUAAGAUAUUUGGUUUCUCAUUAGGGGACCGGAACGAUUUACGCAGAUUUCUUACCAGGUAGAAUUUUUUGUAUGGUAGUCCACAGAUACAUCUAGCCUGGGCCUCAUCCACAGCCACUGUCAACCAAAUAAGUUGACAUACAGACAGAUGGGUUUCUUAAAAAGCAUAAUAAUAGAGACUCGUAUUGAAUUUAUGAAAUACACUUGCAUUCACUACAUUAGCAGAUGUGCAGAAGUAACAUUCAAGUGAUAAUCUCACUAAAUGGCCCUCUUGGAUUCCUCUUCAAGCAAAGGAGGCUCCAGUGUUAUUGAAGAGUAAAUACUUACAUAGAGAUGGCAUAACAGUCACUAUAUCUAAGUAUCUACUUUACAAUAAGGUUAGACCUUAGGUCUUGUAUAUUAAAAAUGUUUAUAUCUCGAUAUAAGUUUGAAGCUGUAUUAAUUUACAGUACUAAGAAA